AUGGCUCCUGAUGUGGAGCAAUAUGAUGUGCAAAAUUUGACAUGGACAGAGCUGUUGGAUCAUGCCAAAAAUUGGAGGAAUAUUUCGAGCACAAAAGCCAAACAACUCUGCUUCCACAUUGAAAAUCAGUUAUGCAAGUUGCGGUACUCAAAACGUUUCUACGAGCCACAUCUGCAGUACAAAAAUUCGUCGAUUGCGUAUAAACAACCUUCAUACGGGCCUAUCUACACUGGUUGGGCGUUUCCACGGAAAGGGCUGGGAACAUCGCUUCACCACAUCUUCCUUUAUACGGAUGCCAAUGGUUUAGAGCAUGUGUUAGCGUUGGGUGGUGGUAAUCAGUCAUCACAACAGACCAUCUAUUCAGCCACACUAUGCCGUCCCUUCAGUCAACGUUGCACUCAGACAUCAGUGCUCACUCUUUCAGUUCAUCUUGAAAUCAUAAUUCUUCAGCACCCUCCACCUGCCGAACUUGCUGCAUUAUGUGAACGACAGCGUACAGCACUAACAUGGGGUAUUGCAUCCUAUGAAUAUGAACCGAGAACAGAUGCCUUGCUGUAUUCAGAUUCGGAUCAUGUUUACGUCUCAAAAACAAAUGGUAUUCAUGAGGUAGGUAAAGGUGUUUCGGGAUGUCCGCUAAAUGCUCACUUCUGCCCUGUUGAUAGCGACAUUGUUGCUUUUGUUGCCAAUCGUAAUAUUUAUAUUGAUAGGCUGGGUACUGUAAUCUAUUGUACAAAUUCAACAAACGAUAUCUCAAAUGGUUGCUCAUCAUUUAUAAUGCAAGAAGAAUUUGAUCGAUUUACGGGUAUUUGGUGGAGUCCUGGGCCUGAACCACUGCUCGUCUACGAGCGAGUUGAUGAGUCAAACGUUGUCGAGUUGCAGUUCUCAAGCCCGGGUCACGUUCGAAGUCGACCGAUGAAAUAUCCAUUAGCUGGUUCGAUGAAUGCCACAUCGACUCUUCACCUCGUUACCGAUUGCUCGUUGUGCGUUGAUUUGGUUGAACAGUUCUAUUGGUACGAAUAUCUUGCUCGUGUCGGCUGGUUACCCGAUGGAAGCGCCGUUUGGGCUAUUUUGAUGAGCCGUCUUCAAGAUCGUUAUGCGCUUGUAUUGAUACCGAAAGAAUUGUUCACAGGCCAGAGUUCGACCGAUGCUAGUGUUAUCACUUUAAUUGAGGAGAAUACACCGACUUGGUUCAAUAUUGAUAAUAGCACAAAAUUUUUGCAAUCCACCAAUAGUAAUACGAUUUCUUUUUUUCAAGCGAGUGAUAGGAACGAUAAUACGCAUUUAUAUUUGCAACAAGUUGAACUCAAUUCAAGAGGCAAAGUUGUGAGUCGAAAGAAUGUGCCGAUAACGAGUGGUGAUUGGUCAGUAUCUAAGCAUGUCUCAAUACACGUUGAUGAACGGAGACACCAUGUUUAUUUCGUUGCAAACAAACAUCAUCCUGCUGAUACGAAUUUAUAUUCAAGGAUGGAGUGUGAAAUGUCGAUCAACAGUGAUAUUGGUUUUGUUUGUUGGGAAAGCUCACUUCGUUUGCCACCACGUUGUGCUUUCUACCGUAUUCAGCAUAUAACGAACGAUCAUUUGCCAACAGCUACUCUACAGUAUUUAAUCUCGAUGCCCUACACCAAUCCUCUCAAUGAUCAUAAUUCAUCACUGUCUGAUAUUGGCGCGUUUAAAUAUCUUUAUUUCUUCCCGUUCAUUUUGUAUAUUCCAUAUGAACAACGAGCGAAUGUAUAUCCGGAAAUAAUAGAGUAUAAGUCGAAUAAUUCGAAUCGAAUUCAUUAUGCAUUGUUGAUAAGACCAAUGAACAGUGUCAAAGGUAUUCGCUAUCCAGUUAUACAGUUCGUUUAUGGUGGUCCUGGUGUGCAACUGGUAUGUAAUAUGUGGACAUUAUGGGUAACCUAUCAAAAGUUUACGAGUCUCGGUUAUGCAGUUGUGAUGGUUGAUGGUCGAGGUUCAGCAAAUCGUGGUAUUUCAUUCGAGACGGCCAUUAAAGGACAACUUAUAAGUGCAUUAGAAGUGGAUGAUCAACUUGAGGGUCUAAAUGAAGUGGCGAAAAGAACUGAUGACCUUUUGGAUUUAAGCCGAGUGGCCGUUAUGGGUUGGUCUUACGGUGGAUUCAUGGCAUUGAUGUGUCUCGCAAAAAAUCCAGAGACUUACAGGGCUGCAGUGGCGGGUGGUGCUGUGACGUGUUGGAAUUUGUAUGAUACGGCGUAUACCGAGCGUUACUUGGGAAUGCCUGGCGAUCAUUACGCUAGAUCAUCGGUGCUCAAAUAUAUCAAUCAACUUCCAAAUGAAACAGACCGUCUCCUGAUUGUGCAAGGUUUAAUGGACGAAAAUGUGCACUUUUCUCAUACAGAAGCUUUAAUUGAAACGUUAAUUACAGCUGGCAAACCCUUCCGUUUACAGAUAUUCCCAUCAGAACGUCACGGUGUACGUGCAUCUGAGGCAUGCGAAUUUCAUGAUGCCGUUGUACUCGACUUCUUGCAAAAGGCAUUAACAGUUCGCAAGUCCGAUUCAUGA